GUGCAGCCACUACGCAUCAAUCUCUCUCUCUUGUCUGUGUGUGUGCACAAUCAGCUUCAAGAGUCCGCUUCUCUUCUCCGCAGUGUCUCGGAAUCACACUUUACUAACCUCUCGCUCCUGCUUACAGGAGAAAAAACGCAUCUAUUUUCUCCUGAAUCUCUUUCGGGGAUUAUGGUCUGCAGGUAAGGGGUCAGGUCGCAGACACAGCAGAAAUCAUGGCUGUCCAAGCUGGUGAGGGUGGUGUCCCGUUGCUACUGCUGCUAGUUAUGCUACAAUGGUGUAUGUGGAUGCCAGGCGUGAAGGCAUUUUAUGGGCCCACGGACUGGACUGAUGCCCACGCGACUUUCUAUGGCGGCGCAGAUGCAUCUGGAACUCAAGGUGGAGCUUGCGGAUUUGGCAAUCUUUACAGCACAGGCUACGGCACUAACACGGCAGCAUUGAGCCAGGCGCUUUUCAACUCGGGCCUCACUUGCGGCGCCUGCUUCGAACUCGUCUGCGACUCCAGUGGCUCCAGGUACUGUGUCACCAGCUCGUCUGUGGUUGUCACUGCCACCAACUUCUGCCCCACUGGCUCGACUGGAGGAUGGUGCGAUUACCCCAGGCAGCACUUCGACCUCUCCCAGCCCGUCUUCACCAGAAUCGCUCAACCAGUGGGCGGCGUCGUCACCCUAAAAUACAGGAGAGUGCGAUGCCAGAAGAGUGGGGGUAUCCGCUUCACCAUCACCGGGAAUCCCUACUUCAUUCUGGUUCUCGUUACGAACGUUGGCGGCGCCGGGGAUGUCCAGCAGCUCUACAUAAAGGGUUCUUCCACGGGCUGGAAUGCCAUGUCGCGCAACUGGGGACAGCUAUGGGAGAUCCGCAACGCUGCGCUCAUGGGACAGGCGCUGUCCUUCAGGGUUGUCACUAGCGACCGUGCAGAAGUGGCCUCUUUCGACGCAGUGCCGGCGAAUUGGGCAUUCUCGCAGACUUUCGAAGGCAGCAAUUUUUGAUCACCAAGACUGUUCAUACGGGAGUUUAUCGAGUGACGCUCCAGAAGAUCCAUUAUUAUUUAUAGCCCCCCGGAAUUUCCCUGGAAUUUCAUCAAGUCGUAGUAGGGAGUGGGAAAAGGUGGCGGAGGUGUGACGAUCGUCAAUGCAUUUCGCCCGCUCCUUCAAUGUAUUUUAGCUUUGUGAUCGUUAAAUCUAUUAAGAGUGAGAGCUUCUCUUUUCGGAAAUCGUUUGGUGUCCAGUCGGUGCCGAGGUGGAUUGAAGACUUCGUUUGCUGGUCCGCCACCCGCGCCGUGAUCACUUCUAAUAGAAUAAAUUUCUUUGAGCAAUUCACAAGCG